AUGGCUACAUUGAUGAUGGAUGGGUGGGCAUUUAAAAAUGCUGAUAUGGUUAAAAUAAAAACCAAAAAAGAAAAGGAGAUGGCGACGAAGGAGAAGAAAGAGUCCUGGAAACCUCGAAAGGAAAGUGGAAAUGGGAAGGGGAAGAGAAAGAGGAGGGGAUCAGAAGAGGACGACAUCGUGAUGAUUGAUCCACUGGUGGUGAAGGGAAACGGGAAGGGGGAAGAGAAGAAGAAGAAGAAGAAGAUGGAGGAAGCUGUACAAAAAGAAGAAGAAGGGGUCGUUCCUGCACUGGAGAAAGAAGGGAACGACGUCGACAUUGAUAAAACCGCAGAUUGGUGCUUGGUUUGUAAAGACGGUGGAACGCUUCGAAUCUGCGAUUAUCCGAAAUGCGGUAAAGUUUACCAUUUCAGUUGCCUGAAGAAAUCCAUAUCCUUUAUGAGGAGUGAUGCCUACUGGCAAUGCCCCCGGCACACAUGCUAUCGUUGCCAAGGAACCGCAAUUGUCUCAUGCUAUUGCUGUCCAUCUGCAGCAUGCAGUAACUGCUUCCGUGAUGCAGAAUUUGUUUGUAUUGGCGAUGAAAAUGGAUUCUGCAAGAAGUGCAUGAAGUUUGUGCUACAUUUUGAAAAAAAAACCAGGCGAAAACCAAGUGAUGAAUCUACUUCAUAUGAAGAUUUCAUGGAAUACUAUGAAGCUGUAAAGAAAAAAUCUGGCUUCACUUUGAAUGAUAUCCAAGCUGCAUUUAAGGGGUUGAAAAGCAGAGGGAAGAGAAAGUCUUCAACCUUAUUUAAAGCAGAGGUAACUGAGAGACUUGGGGGCUUGCAAAAGAUGAGGUCGGAUUCCAGCAAAACUCCCUGGGAUGAGGAGAACCCUCUCAGCGACAUUAUUAUGGUUCCAUCCCUUGUUGCUGAGAAUGUUAAAAUAAUCUACCUGACUAGAAGUGUUAUUGAGAAGCUGCUAAGGCAACCUGAAUCAUUUGAGGACAAGGUCAAAGGUUCGUUUGUUGGGGUCGACUUCCCUCGAAAGGGAAACCCUAACAAGGUUGAUCGUCAGCUGUUGCAAGUGAUAGGUAUAGCAAAGACUUUAUCACAUGAUGGACAGAUGUCUAUCAAACUUCAAGCAAAGAAUAUGCCAAAUGGUAUAUCCAUUGACAUGGUUUCUAACCUUGAUUUCCGUGAGAAUUUGUGUAAAGAUCUGAGGCAGAAAGUUGAAGAUGGCCUCAUUGAAAUGCCUGCUAUCGAGGAACUUGAACGGAAGGCCGAAGUUUUGAGUGAAGAUAUAGUCGAUGACUUGAUAGCAAGGGACAUGAAGCGGUUGCAACAGGACAGUGAUACAGCUAAUGAAAAGGGUCUGAGACAGAAAUAUCCUUUUAUUGGUGUUGCUGAGUUUACUUGUUAA